GGGGGUGGUGGUCACCGAGGCAAGGCAGGCAGGGGCCUGAGUCUGUACGGGGCGCUGGCCCCUGCCGCGGGGUCCGGAGCGGGGCUGGGGGCUCGCUUCUGCCCCGCCGCGAGCGGCCUGGCCCAGAGUUGCCCGGCACCGGGUCCCUGGUCCGAGGCGGACCCAGUGCUGGGGUUUACAGCGGGCGGCGAUGCCGGGUGCGGGGCCUAGUGAAAGCCCAGCCCAAGAGAAAAGGCGGAAGCUGCAUCUUGCCGCGGGGGUGGGCGGCCGGCCGGCCGGCGCGGGGGCGGGGCAGCUGCCACAGGGUGAGGCGCACAAGGCAGAGCGGUGGAUCAGAUUGGGAGCGGCAGAGGGCGGGGAGCAGAAAGCAGAGCAGAUCAGGAAGGGGGGGCAGGACAGCAGAAAGUAGAGCAACAGAUCAGAGAGGGGAAAGGGAUUGGAGAGGGGGGGCGGUGCAGGGCCCAUCUGUUUCAUGCCUGUCAAGGAGGUUACUCUCACAGCAUUUAUGUCCCAUGCAUUAUUUUCACAUGUUGCAAACAUUGAACUGGCACAAGCGUCUCAUCCUUUGGGUCAACAGUGUGGAUCUGGUUGAGUGGUCAUUGGCAUGGCCAGACAGGCCUUGAAAAUUUUCUCUUUGGCAGCAGCUACCUCCAGUGUCUACCUGUAUGGCAACAAGUACUUGGAUCCCAAUGAUUUUGGAAUCAUUCGAGUGGGCAGAGCCAUUGCCACAACAGCUGUUAUAACCUACGACUACCUUAUUUCCCUCCGGGGUGUCCCGCAUGGAUCAGAGGAGUAUGACUAUGUCAAAUCACAGGUGCACCUUCGCUCUGCAGAACGCCUCCGGGACCUGUGCUGUGCCAACCGAGGCACUUUCAUCAAGGUGGGACAGCACCUAGGAGCACUAGACUACCUUCUGCCUGAAGAAUACACCUACACCCUCAAGGUGCUGCAUAGCCAGGCCCCACAGAGCAGCAUGCAGGAAAUCAAACAAGUGAUACAAGAGGAUCUGGGCAAAGAGAUUAAAGAGCUGUUUGUGAGUUUUGAGGACACUCCAUUGGGAGCAGCAUCCCUGGCCCAGGUCCAUAAGGCAGUGCUGCAGGAUGGGAGGACAGUAGCAGUGAAAGUCCAGCACCCAAAGGUUCAGGCUCAAAGCUCCAAGGAUAUUUUGCUGAUGGAGGUUCUCCUCCUGAUUGUGAAGCAGAUUUUCCCAGACUUCGAGUUCAUGUGGCUGGUGGAAGAAGCUAAGAAGAAUUUGCCUCUAGAGCUAGAUUUCCUCAAUGAAGGCAGGAAUGGCAAUGCCGAACAGGUGGCUCACAUGCUCAAACAUUUUGACUUCCUGAAGGUCCCCAGGAUCUUCUGGGAGUUGUCAACAAGGCGUGUCCUCUUCAUGGAAUUCAUGGAAGGUGGGCAGGUGAAUGAUAGGGCCUACAUGGAGAGGAAUGGCAUUGAUGUUAAUGAGCUCUCUCGCAACCUGGGGAAGCUGUACAGUGAAAUGAUCUUUGUGAAUGGCUUUGUACACUGUGACCCACACCCAGGCAACGUGCUAGUGAAGAAAUGUCCAGUCACUGGCAAGGCCCACAUCAUACUCCUGGACCAUGGGCUCUAUCAGGUCCUGACAGAGAAGUUCCGCUUGGACUAUUGCCGACUCUGGCAGUCCCUGAUCAAGGCAGAUAUGAAGCAGGUGCAGAAGUACAGCCAGCGCCUAGGGGCAGGUGAUCUCUACCCACUCUUCGCAUGCAUGCUCACUGCAAGGUCCUGGGCCUCAGUCAGCCGGGGCAUUGAUCGGUCCCCAGUCACAGCUAAUGAGGAUGUGGAAAUUCGGACCAAUGCUGCUGCUUACCUACCUCAGAUCACCCAGCUCCUCAACAAUGUCCCUCGCCAAAUGCUGCUGCUGCUCAAGACUAAUGAUUUACUAAGGGGGAUUGAGUCAGCCUUACACACAAGGGCCAGUGCCAGCUCCUUCCUCAACAUGUCUCGCUGCUGCAUCAGAGCCAUCUCCAGGUACCAGAGGAGCAGGACUGACCCCCUUUACAGAAAAGCCCAGAUCUCUUUCACAGAAGCCCUGAGCCUGUGGCAGAUCAACUUGUAUGAACUUUACCUGCGACUGAAGGGAUCCCAGCUGGGCAACUGGGUCAUCGCUCUUCUGAGCUGGAUGCACCGUUCUCUGUACUGACAUGAACUUUGGGGAGGAGCCAGGAUGAUUAUCCCCCCAUCUCUGUCCUUCACAGCACACCUGCCUUCCUGACCAUGUCUGUCUGUAACUCCCAGGAGCUAUUUCCUUGUAACCGGUUGUGCCAUCUUUUCCUGUCACAGCAUCAGCUUCUCUCCAGCAGUAAGAGAGGUGGGAGCAUGGAGGGGCUGGGGGCCAGCACUGCAGUGUUCUGUCUGACGUGGGAAGCAGUGGUAUGAUCCAGUGGGAAAGGCAGGAAGCCUGGGAGUGAGUCCCCAGGUCUGGGCAGAGCCCUUAUACAGAAGUCCUAUGGGUCCAAAUCGGAAAUUAGACCCUCUCUCAAGGUCUUUUUAAUAGCCAGCCUAGAGAGUUUAAGAUUUACAUCCCUGCCAUUGAAUUCUCCAGGACACUUCACAGAGCUCCAGAAGGAGGAAAUCAUUCCUUUUAAAAUGCUGUGGAGUUUGAGAGUUGCUACAGAAUCCAAUCGAUCUCAUUGCUGUGAAACCAGACAGGUGUUUUCUCUAAGAGGAAAAAGAUCACAUUGUUAGAGCUGGGGCCUGAAGCUCAGGACUCUUGAGUUUUUUUGUUUUUUUUUCCCAGCUUUAGGAGAGGAAAUGGCCUGAAUUGCGAAAGCAAGAGUCUAGGAACCAAAAAAUCAGAUGUCUGUUCCUGUGGAGUCUGUCAAGUUUCUUAACUGCUCCUUACCUCAGUUUCCUGGAAAAUGGGGGUAAUGAUACUUGUCCCUCCCUGAAUACCCCAAGGGGAAUGUGCUGGGGGAUCCCAACCCUUAGCUCACAACUCAUUGCUGAUGGUGUAUGCGUAUUGUACUGUACUGUUGCACAGGAAAAUAAAUCAGGAUGUUACAUGA